AAGAAGCUGCCAAGAGUGUUGUAUCUGCAAGCUGACAACUGUUGGCGUGAAAACAAGAACAGAUAUGUUAUGGCGUUUUUUGAGUUGUUGGUUCGAGAACACAUCUUUGAUGAGGUACAUAUUUCAUUUUUGUUUGUUGGUCAUACCCACGAAGAUGUUGAUGCUGGAUUUAGCAGAAUUUGGGAAUUCCUAAGAAGGAAAGAUGCUGAAACACUUGAAGAUCUUACAAACUUGUUACCAAACUCGGAACUUUUAAAUGAUAUGUUAGACAUAAAAGCAUGGUUAGAGCCGCAUUUAAACAUUAUAUCUAAACACACAGUUCAACAUCAUUUUAAAUUUUCAAAAGUAUCCGGAGAAACAGUUGUUGAAUACAAACUACAUCAAGCAGAGGAAUGGGUGAAGCAAGAUGUAACAUAUCUUAACUCUGUGCCCAAGGGAAAACCAAACAUUCUUAAACAAGACUACUCCAAAGUAGAUUUUUUGAGACUGCAGAAUCUUAUUAACUCAAUUCAUUUCAUGUUUAGUGAUGAAUCAAAGAAAAGGUGGUGGGAUAAAUUCUUAAAAGAAAAGUAUUCAAUUAAGGACACUGGAAAGAGAAUUUGGAUUGAUGCUCUUCCAAAACAGCAGAUUUAUGUUGAAGAAAUUGACUUUUCAAAUGUUAUACCAGAACCAGUCAAGAAAAUGAUAGAGAAGGAAACACAGCCUGUAAAGAUUGUUUCAAAAGCGAGGAGACAAACUGUACAUAAAAAAAAUAUGAAGAAAACAACACAGAAGCAACAGAAGAAAACUUUGCAUCAGCAAAAGAAAAAAACUGGUAAAAAGAAGACUACUGUUGUGAUACAUAAUACAAAAUCUAUUCUGAUACCUAUGGACAGGGAAGUAAAAAGGCAGAUUUGGCUUCGUAUUUUCAUGGACCUCUUGGAGUUUUUGUUAGCAACUGCAGUGAUGUUGAUUUUGACAUUAGAAAUACUUGUAAAGUUCUUGCACAUUUUUGCAGUAUGUGAUAUUCUGCUUUUGUUGAAUGAUAUCUGGAUGGCAGUGCUGGUAUCACACUUGGGAGUGUUAUCAAAAACUGUAAUAGACAAUACAAGUUUUUUUGGCACAUCAUUACAUAAUGUUUUUCAAUGUGUUGAAAGUUAGAUAUAGGAGAUUUUUGGUUAGGUGUUUUAUUAUAUACUUGUGAAUGCAACUAGAGGGUACUUUGUAUCACUUGAGACAGCUUAUAUGGAAAUAAAAUACAAAAUGCAUGUUGUUAAAGAAUAAAAAGAGUAUUUAUUUAUUUUUUAUAAAACUUGCAUUUCAUGAUUCAAAUGUUUAAUGAAAAGAAUGUAGAAAAACACAACAAAUUAGUGUACAUUGUGUUGAUAUUUCUAAUUUGGAUUAAUGUGUCAGUUGAACAGUAUUUUGCUAAGUUAAACUCUGAAAGUAAAUUUGAUGUUGGGUUUAUUCAUCAUUCACAAAACAAUACUAUGCUCACUGAAGAUAAUUCAAAUAAUUCAUUAAUGUAUACCUUAGGUAAUAUGAUGGUAUUCUGAACUUGAAAUUGAGUCAUAUUUGAAUAUCCAUUUUCUUAUCUUUCUAUUUCAUUUCGUGAAAGAUUAGCAUAGUUUUAUGGAUAUGAUUAUAUAUCAACAUAAAGUGGAUAUGUGUAUAUUGCUGGCACUUUAGUUGCAAAUGUUUUAGCUCACCUGUCACGUAGUGACAAGAUGAGCUUUUGUGAUCACCCUUCGUCCAUCGUCAGUCUGUCUGUCCGUGCGUCAGCAAUUUCUUGUCUGCACAAUAGAGGUUUCGUUUAUUAUUUUAUUUUAACCAAACUUGCACACAACUUGUAUCACCAUAAGAUCUCGGUUCCUUUCUUGAACUGGCAAGAUCCUAUUAUGGGUUCCAGAGUGAUGGCCCCUGAAAGGGCCAGAAUUAGCUAUUUUGACCUUGUCUGCACAAUAGCAGCUUCAUUUAUGAUUUGAUUUUUACCAAACUUGCACACAACUUGUAUCACUAUAAGAUCUUGGUUCCUUUUUUAAACUGGCCAGAUUCCUUUAUGGGUUCCAGAGUUAUGGCCCCUGAAAGGGCCAGAAUCGGCUAUUUUGACCUUGUCUGCACAGUAGCAGCUUCAUCUAUGAUUUUAUUUUAACAAACAUGCACACAGCUUGUAUCACCACAAGAUCUUGGUUCCUUUUUUUAACUUGCCAGAUUCCGUCAUGGGUUUCAGAGUUAUGGCCCCUUAAAGGUCCAAAAUUUGCUAUUUUGGUUUUUGCAGCCAUAUAGAGACUUCAUUUAUGGUUUUAUUUGAUGCAAACUUCCAAAUUUUCUUCAACAACAAUAAAUCUUCAGUGACGAAUCUGUCAGAUCCAAUCGUAGGUUCCAGUGUUAUUUUAUAUCUGAUUCCCUCCCCUGAUUGCAAUCGAAAUGGAUUUAUACCAGUAAGUACUUAUAGGACUUUUUUGAAAUUUCAUUAUUGUUUUUAGUUGGACUGAGACAAUUAGGCUAGAUAACAAUGGACUGAUUUUAUGUCAAAUUACCUCCCUUUAUUUCAAAUUGAAAUGGGUAUAUUCGUAACUAAUGAAGAUACUGAUCUGAAAUUUCAUUUAUGUCAACAGAUGGACUUUGACAAUCAGUGAAGAUACAUAUUGACUGAAUUUAUGACAAAUUACCUUCCUUUAUUUUUUAUCUAAAUGAAUACACCUUAGCAGCUUCUAAUGAGAUUGGUUUGAAACAUUAUUAUUAUACGCCCGAAGGGACGUAUUAUGUUAUAACGCUGGUGUCCAUCUGUCAGUCCGUCCAUCUGUAUGUCCGUUAGCAAUUUUGUGUCCGCUCUGUAACUUUUGAACCCCUUGAAGGAUUUCAAGGAAACUUGACACAAAUGUUCACCACACCGAGACGACGUGCAGAGCGCAUGUUUUGGAUGUCUUGC